UUUCCAAGCUGCAACUUUAUACAGUCAUACUGAGCCGCACUCAAAGUCCAGCGGUAAGGACUGCUCUCCUCGCUUCCAGGAUGUUUUCCCGGGACUCUUGUUCUGUAUCUGGAUAUCGUUUGGUGGAGCUCAACUGCAAACUUUGGAAAUAAUCCCUAUUUGCUCAACUUUAGUGGUUCAGUAGCUAAUGUUGAAUAGCUAGUUAAGCGAACCGUGGCGAAGAUUAGCUUUACUAAGCUAACAACCAUAUUCAAUGAGAAGGGGGAGAGAAGCCAGAGACUACCUUUAGCUCUUUGACAGUGGUCUAAGUCUCUAUAACCAGCUUUUGUCAUUUACGACCUCUAUAUGGCUUUUAAAAUCUGUUACGGAGUACUGCAACAUGGAUAACAAAAAGCAUAAUAUGUUUUGGGGGUUGAUAUCUGGGCUGUUAUCAGUUGUGGGAGAUCGCUUUCACUGAUUUGGCCGUUCCCUGACCAAAUUACUUACUAUGAGGUUGCCAGGAAACCUCUCAAAGGAGGUGUGUUAAGCUGUGAUCAUCGUUUUCAUUUGCAAAGAAUGUCCGACUUUGAGGGUUCCAGUUCAUAUUUUGGUUUGGAGGAUCCGCAGUGGAUAUGCAUGGUCACACUUUUCCUUGCGUCCCUGGUCACUCUCAUACUGUAUUUCGUACAGUAUUUCCAACAAAGGGGUGUAGGAAAUAAGCAGAGAGCAGCGGAGGACAAUGCGGCGAAGGAGGAAGCCGCCUCUCUGCUGGGAUGGGCGCUGUCACUGGCGAGCUGGAAAAGUCAGUGGAGAGGAGCUUGGUGCAGGGCUUUGAAUGACGAAUCAAGGAAGCGUGGGGGUUCUGUUCUGCUGACGUUUGAAGAGGAUGAUCUUCAGGCCUCAGAGCUCAUGGUCAGCCAAGUGUCCAGCUUUCAGAAGUCGGCCAGAAACAAGGCCGCUUGCUGCAGUGUGGUUGGGGAGAAGCUUCAGUUCUCUGUCAGUGCAGCAUCAACAGCCAUGGCCACCCCAGACCCUUGUAAAUACACAGUCUGUAUAACUCCACUGGAGCUGCAGCUUGAUCUAAAGAUGCAAGAAGCUAAAGAUGAAAUCAAGGUGACUUGGGGAGUGUCUCACCUGGAGACAGGGGAGCUGCAGGUGACACCCACUUUCACCCAGGGCAAUGCCAACACUUCCAGUGUUGCAGCGAUAAAGGAGCAGCUGAGGCAGCUGCUAUGUGUGACGCGUCCCUCUGUGUUGCUGGGCUGCAGGCCUGCUCAGGCCUCAGAGGUCAAGGAUGCCCGCAACAACGUGGUGUCACCCCCAAAACCCCCCCGUGCUCACGACUGGAAACUGCUGGUGAAGAACAUCCGGGUGACACUGAAUCAGGAGGAAGAUGCUGCAGGCAGCAUGAAUCCUCUGUGUGUACUGCAGUUGGAUGAUCCUCCACAGAGGUUUAACACCUCUGUUUUGAAGAACACAAGCACUCCUGCCUGGGACCAGCCGUUUAUCUUUGAAUUGAAUGGGCUUUCAAAGGAGCUCAAUGUGCAGCUAAUGAAUGAUGGACAACCUCAAGAGAAUUCCUUACUUGGUCAAGUGUCAGUGCCUUUUGAUCUUGUAAAGAAGCAUCCCAAAGGACAGCAAACAUUUUCACUCAUGACCAAAGACAUAGUGACUGGAUCACUUACUACUGACUUUACCUACCUGGAGCCCAGUGAGGUGAGGUCCUGGCACCCUCCCACCCCAGCCUCCAGUAAGAGGGUGGAGAUGGACCGUACAGUCAUGCCCUGUGGCACGGUGGUCACCACCAUCACCGCAGUGAAGAGCAAGCCGGGUCGACUGCUCCCUCUUGGACUCAACAUAGAUCCUGCCCAGAAAGCGGCAACUAUCAAGCCCAAGUUGUCAGAGCGUCGCGUUUCAGAGCACACGUCCAUGCUAGGGGCCACGGUCAGCAAGGCCUUGUCCUCUUCUGAUACUGAGCUGCUGAUGCUUAAUGGCACGGACCCGGUGGCCGAGGCCGCCAUCAGACAACUCCACCAGUCUGCCAAGCAGAAGCUCAAGUCCCCAGUGAAGAAGAGUACCAUCAUCAUCUCUGGCAUCGCCAAAACGCCCUUGUCUCAGGAUGAUGAGCUAGCUCUGAUGGCGGGCUACGCUGCAGCGAUGGACGCCUCGAUGUCAGAGGGCAGCUCUACUCAGGAUAUGACCACAGCGAUCGCGUCAGGGACCAGCAGCCCGCCAGAAGAGUCUGAGCCCCAGGAAGGCCCCAGUGGAAUAGGUCGGCCUCCGGAGGACUGGGAGAGCCAAACCGGGGAGGAACUAGUCCACACCUCACUAUCCCUGUGUGUGUCCGAGGCAAGCUGCAAGAAGAGAAGGGGGAGCUUCCUUCAGAAGAGUGCCAAGCUCUUCUUCCGGCGGCGUCACCAGCGCAAGGACCCGGGGAUGAGCCAGUCACACAAUGACCUGGUUUACCUGGAGUCUCCGGCUGCAGUGGAGCGAGCCAGCCGAACAGCCACGCUUAGCCGGAUGCUCAACCGUAAGAGUAAGAAUAAGGGCAAAGCCAAUGGCUCUACCUCCAUCGGGGAGCCACAUGCGUGACCCCAACCCCCCCUCACCUCAUUCCCUCCUACAACAACUACCGUCGCCACUUCCACCUCAAACUUUCACUGGUAGACUUCCUGGCUAACCUACUCCCUAAAUGCCCGACUUGCAUAGUGGGGCUCCUGCAUUGUGAUUGGGAAAGCUGUGCAGAUGGAGUAAUAUCCCCCUCUUCUAUUGCCAUUUCCUGCUUCCUAUAAGAAACGGAUAUUCCACCAAAAGCAAGUGUGUGGAUGAAGGUCUACCUGUCUUGAAUUAAUGGCAUUUCAGAGGAUAUUGUAUUGCAUGUUUUCUUGAUUUUUAUGCAACAUUUUGAAAUCUUUAAGUGCUUUUGUGGCCUUGUUACUGACAGAAGGGACUGGUGUGGGCCGUCAAUCUUUACCUCACUGCCACUGUGGGUAAAGAGUAAAGUCUCCCUGCUGUAAACCGUAAUUUCCUCCGGUGGACCAACAGGACCAAAGAUAAAGAAAAGAGCGGUGUUUGUAUGAUUUGCACAAUUUGAGUACCCUUUAUUUAAAGUGCAAUGACAGGAGCUACUCUUGUGGUAGAGAGUUGUGUUAACAACAUUCACAAAGGGAGAUGAUAUUGUCGCCGCACCACCGGUGCAAGUGGGAGUGACACGACUACUUUUGACACUAAUUCUAUGAAAUGUGGUCUUUAUAUCAAUUCAUUAAAAGUCCUUUUAAUUUUGUUCCUAAUAAAAUGAGAUCAGAAGAACAGCCAUAUGUCAUUUGCGUGUAACGGCUGUAAAACAAAGCUAUCUGGGAAAAUGUCAACCUCAUUAAAAAGAUAUCAGAACCAGUUAUUUAUGAUCGGCAUGUACAGAGGUUGUGUUAACAUGUUUACAUGCAACGCCGGCCAUUAACAUGAGAUAACACCCUUCCAACCAGGAAACAAGACAAGCAGUGUGGCUAACGUGAAGCUCGCGCUGUAUGCAAGCAUUUUGUGUUUACUCCUCUCUGCUGUGUUUUCAAACGAUAUGCAACUUUCUUCUUUGUCUUCCUAAAAGAUUCCUCCUGCACACUACUGUUAUCAGCAGGGCUGUUAAUGUGUCAAAAGGGAACCGUAUGAACCUUUAUCCAGAGACUGUGACGUUACACUACUUGUCGCAUUAAUGAAAUUUGUUCUAGGCUCAUUUAAAUCCUGCUUUUCAACCGAAUGAAAUCGUCGUUCUUUUAAUUGAUGUUUUAUUUUUUUUAAAGGAUGUAGCUAUGAACACAUGAACGAGAGAAAGGGUGAACACAUUUGGGGGCAACCAAAUAGUUGGCUAGUAGUGGCUGUUUGUUUUUUUUUAUCCAGCUAAUGAUUGUAUUUUCUUUUUGUAAGCAGCUUGUUGAAGAUAUUUCUGUACAUCCUGUUAAUGUUUUGUCAGUGAGUUAAUCUGCUCAGAGAAAUGAUGCAGCACAGUAGCAGGCAGAACUAACAGAUUGCCUUAGAGUUAUCCUGAGGAUGAUGUCACGGGUGGACUUGUUCUCCUCUAUUUGAUGUGACUUUCAGACCAGAGGAUUUAAAGACAGAAGCGCACUGUUGGAUUGGCUCUGAGAGACAAGUGUACCGUCACGUUUUUGCACCAUCUGCAAUGUCUAUAAUCAAGAAGCCUAUGCACAUAACAUAUCUGAUAACUGAGUGUUUACAUCAUUAUUAAUAUUAGACUCAGAGAUUAAAAACACUCACUCGCUGUUAAUGACAACACUACACUGCAGAGCCAGCGUGGGUUGUCUUUGUGUCUUGGUAUUUACAGUUCACAAUCGAGCUGCGAUCACUUCUCAUCACCCUGCACCCUUCCACCACCACGGAUUGCAGUCUGAUUCAGGCUGCAGAAAAAUCUGUUACCAUUCACACAGAAAUCACCUUUACUGAGGGGGGAAAACGGGUUGUUUUAAUUACGCUCCGCUUCAGGGCCCUUCCUUAUGGCAGCCUGCUAGCAGUGGCUGCUGUUGUGCAUUCAGUGAGCAGUAGGGCUGUAUGUGAUUAAUAAACUGCUUCCUGGUGUGUGUGCGUGUGUUUUUAUUUUUUAUCAUUGGCAUCUGCUCUGUGCACAGAAACUGACUGACCUAACUGUUGUUGCAGAAUGUCAGUCACUUCCCUGCAGGGAUUGUAACUAAUAUAUAUAUCGAGUUAUUUCAUUUUCAGCAAUAAAUAUGGAUUGAAUAACUGUGA